AUGGCUCACCGCCGCCUUCUCGGGCCCCUGGCCUUACUCGCCGUCGCGCUUCUCCUAAUCCUGCCCGCAGUCUCGGCAGCCUCGGCCGGGUGCGGCAAGUCCCCGGCCGUCACCGCCGGAAGCAAGACCAUGACGGUCAACGGCAAGAACCGGCGCUGGAUGAUCCGACUGCCUCAGGGAUACGACCAGAACCGCCCGUACAAGCUGAUCUUCGGCCUCCACUGGCUCGACGCCGACUUCAUGGCCGUCGACGGCGGCACGGCACCGUACUACGGCUUGCAGCGACUGGCCAACAACUCGGCCAUCUUUGUGGCGCCAGACGGGCUCAACAAGGGCUGGGGCAACCAGGGUGGCGAGGACGUGACCUUCAUCGACGAGAUCUACAAGACGGUCAGCAACGGGCUCUGCAUCGACGAGAAGCAGGUCUUCUCGACCGGCUUCAGCUACGGCGGCGCCAUGUCGUACGCGCUGGCCUGCGCUCGGCCCAACAUUUUCCGCGCCAUCGGCGUGCUCUCGGGCGCGCAGCUGAGCGGUUGUGCCGGCGGCAACACGCCAGUGGCCUACUACGGCCAGCACGGCGUUCGCGACGGGGUGCUGCCCAUUUCCAUGGGCAGGCAGCUGCGCGACAACUUUGUGCGCGUCAACGGGUGCACGCAGGGCCAGCAGGCGGCGGAGCCCGCACGCAACAGCCGCCGGCACAUCAAGACGGUCUACCAGGGCUGCGACCCCAAGUACCCCGUCGUCUUCACGGCCUUCGACGAGGACCACGUCGCCCUGCCGCAGGACUCGGGCGGCGAUGGCGGGCCGAAUAGCUGGACGGUUGCGGAACUGUGGGCGUUUUUCUCGCAGUUUUCUUCUUGA